CUCGAGCCAAACUACAGCUCGAUAGUAGUGCUAACUGUAUCUUGAUGUGCGGAGCUGUCAAGUGAGUAAGAGCAGGUACUUAUUAAAACGUCUGGCGGGGAUAUGGGGGCAUCUUGAUCAUGGCAUCCCUGCACUCGCUCUACCUGCUGUUCGCUCUGUCUUCAACCGUUAGCGCCGUGGUCAUCGACACGGAGGGUCUCCCCGACACCGGGCUCGACACCUCCAACUGGACGACUGGCGUUGCUCCGCCACUCGCCACCAUAUUCGACCUCAACGACAUACAGAUCGCGGCCAAGAACACGCUCUCUCCCAAGCAUUAUGCGGAGUUUCGUACGGGAGCACUCAACGACUGGACUUACCAGGCCAACUUGAACAUCUGGCCGCAGGUCAAGUUGAAUGGGUACAGUUUCCGCAACGUCCAAAAUCCCGUCACGUCCACCACCAUCCUCGGAUAUAACUUCUCGCAGCCCUUCUUCAUUGCUCCAGCCGCGGAUGCCGGACAUGCCAACAAAUCAGCGGAAGCGUCGCUGGCUGCUGCUGCGGGGGAAGCUGGGAUCCUGUAUACGCCGAGCAUCUCGUCAACGCUCUCCAUUGAACAGAUCGCCGCUGCGGGCCUGCCCGGGCAGAUCAUGUUCCAUCAGGAAUACAUCUGGGCCAACCAGAGCCGCAAUAUUGACGAGCUGGAUCGCAUCAAGGCUGCGGGCUUCAAGGCGAUUUUCCUGACCGUUGAUAACACCGGAAUCAACGGUAUCCGCACCCGGUCGAUGCGUUUUACAAAUCCCUCCGACACCGGCCAUGCAGCCAAUUUCGACCUCAACUCGCUCGCAGCGUUCCGCAACCUGACCACGCUGCCGAUUGUGCCGAAGGGAAUCAAGACGUGGCAGGACGCCAAGACGUGUCUCGACCUCGGCUUUCCUGCGAUCUACGUCUCAAACCACGGCGGACGGGUGCUCGAUGGCGUGCCCACGUCGGUCGAGGUGCUGAUGGAUAUCAGAAAAAACGCGCCGGAGGUAUUCGCCGGGAUGGAGGUCUAUGCAGAUGGAGGUGUCAGGCGGGGAACUGACGCGUUGAUUUUGUUGGCGCUGGGUGCCAGGGCCGUCGGGCUGGGUCGAUCGCCGAUGUUUGCCAACAUCUGGGGCCAGCCCGGUGUAGCAAGGAUGAUCGAUUUGUUCGCUACUGAGAUGAAGACCAGCAUGCAGCUGAUGGGUCUGCAGAAUGUGGACCAAAUCGACACCACUUACGUGAACACAAAUAGAAUCGUGUCGUGAUGGAAUACUUAGUAGUAGCAGACAAUCAAUCCAGGAUGUAAUCAAGUCCUAUGCCGUCGAACCCGCUCGAAAGCACCGCGGAACUGGAGAUACGUCGGAGCAUCCAGAAUUGCAAAAGCCACGUACGCAAACGAGCGAGAGAAUCUCCCCGCGUUCCCGACGAGCAGCUCCGCCCAGAUACUGGCGACCGUGUCCACAUCGUUGCGAAAGACGCCGGUCCCAAACGAUCCGAGAACGAUAUUGCGUACGCCCCUGCGCUCGAAGAGAAACAGAAUGCGAGCCAUGCGCUCGUGCAUCGCCUUCCUGAUCCGCUCGUACGAGUCGGAAUGCGGCGCAGCACUCUGGGAUAAGACAAGUUCCGCAUUGACGGCAGCGCUCGUGACGACCUCUGCCUCCAUCGGCGGCACCCACCGCCCAUCAUCCUCGCGGAAGAAGACCACAUGCGGCGAAUACACCAUCGCGUGGGAGUAGAACCCGUCCUCGCCCUCGCCGUCCGCGUGCAGUGCGUGGAAUUGCUGCGCGGUAGGCGUCAUGAGUGACGCGUACAGCGUCGAGCUGCGUGUCAGGGACUCCUCCUGCGCGUUGGCGCCGUUGAUGAACCCUCCGCCGGGCUGCUCUGCGGACGCGAAGUUGAGCAUCCCGAGUGGGCGUUUGUAGCCCUUCAGCGCGGCCUUCCGUGUCGCAUCGAGUGUCGUCGUCUCGAGAAACUCGAUCACGGUAGGUUGAUUCGUGCUGUUCGAUGUACUUGUCGGUAUCGGAGAGGAGCACCAAGCCGACAAGAGAGAACUGGGAGAGUAGUACGCCGUUUGGUAGCGCGAUUCAUCGAGUUUUGACCGGAUGUCAUAGGCGAGCCCAUCUACGACAAGAGAUCCGGAUGAAACGGCAUCGAGCGUCGUUUUUGCGAUUUCUCGAAGUGCAGCAGUGCUCAACGCCAUUUUGACUUGCUGGGGUAUAGA